AUGAAGAAUAGAAGUAUGGCCGGUAAUUGUGGCAUUGGCGUGUUUGUCAUUGCCCUUGUUACUGUGGCAUUGGCAUUCGGUACGCCCAGCUGGUUGGUCAGCGACUCCAGAAUAAGAGGCGCCAAAUUAGAUAGAUUAGGAUUAUGGAGUCACUGCUUCAGAUCACUGCCAGAUCCUCUCGACCAAUACCAAAGACGAUUCUUCGUUGGAUGUCGUUGGGUGUACGAUCCUUUCACAACGGGAUAUGACAAGAUCCGUGGAUAUUUACUCCCUGGUUUCAUGAUAGCGACACAGUUUUUCUUCACAUUGUGUCUGCUGGGAGUUUUGAUAUCUACAAUACUGGUGUUGAUGUUCUUCUUAUGUUGCGGACCUGACCAAAACAGAUUUGUGACUUUGAUAAAGAGUAUUGGAUAUAUUAUGUUAGCUGCAGGUAUAUGUGGAGUCAUUGCAGUUAUAGUGUUUGCAUCAUUGGGAAACACAGAUGGGUGGAUGCCAGAUCACCCCAACAAUUAUUUAGGCUGGUCCUUUGGUUUGGGUGUCGUCGGUUCCGUGGCGUGUUUAGUCACCUCUGCUCUCUUCCUGACCGAGUCAAACAUCCAAGCAAAGAAACGUAACAAGAUGAAAGAAUCUCAAGCUCGAUUUGAGUUAGAGUACGAAACGAAAGCAUAA